GCACUUCCGCUUCUUGUUCCGGGGAUCUAAGAUGACGGAGCCGGAGAUAUUGUUGCGGUACGGUACGAAAGUGCGAAGUUGGAUGCUCCUGGCGGAUUGAAAACGGCCAGCGGAACGCCCCAGAGAGGGCCCGUAGUCUCGUAUCCUAUGCCUCCGCCGUUUGGUUCUACUUCCCCAGCAAUGCACAUGAAGCUUUCAUCUCAACCUGUCAAAGAGGACAUAGUCUCCAUUAGUCUCAGUUAUUAAAUGAAUUCCGUGUCACCCACCUCAGUGCAGUACUUAAGCCAGGAAGAGUUGCACCGUUCAGAUGGAAGGCAGUUUUUUAAUCCCCGAGCCAGCAGCCAGGGAGGGAGCUAUCCAGGGUUUUUCUCCAGAAGUGCCACCUGCAGCCAGUAUAGCGAACCUGAUGAAGUGGACAAGAUCAAGAGCAAGCUCCUCUCUACCUGGAACAAUAUGAAAUAUGGUUGGACUCUCAGAAUCAAAACCAAUUUCAGCAAGCUUUCCCCAAUCCAUCUGUUUGGACGUGUCUAUCACUUUGGAGAACAGGAGGACGUGGAGCACUUCCAGAAAGACUUUGCCUCUCAUAUCUGGCUGACUUACCGUCGAGAUUUUCAGCAGCUCGAAGGCACUGCAUGGACCACUGAUUGUGGCUGGGGCUGUAUGUUGCGCAGUGGGCAGAUGCUGCUUGCUCAAGGUCUCCUUGUCCAUCUUCUUAGCAAAGACUGGAUCUGGUCAGAUGUCCUUAUCACUACCAAUUUGACAGAUAUGCAGCCCGUGAAAGCUGCCUCUCUGCCCUGUCCCAGUGUCUCUCAUCUGCACCAAGCUUCAUCCAUCCCCAUUAAUAGGACCAUAGGCCCCUGGGAGUUGUGGGCUCAUCGGCAUACCUGCAGAUCUGAUGAACUGGAGAAGGAGUAUUAUCACCGUAAGAUUAUUUCAUGGUUUGCAGAUCAGCCACAAGCACCCUUUGGGAUUCACAAACUAGUUGAUCUUGGGCAUAAUUCAGGGAAAAAAGCUGGAGAUUGGUAUGGCCCAUCUGUUACUGCCCACAUCCUCAGGAAAGCAGUGGAUUGCUCUAUAGAAGCAGGCAAUCUGGUAAUAUAUGUAUCUCAGGAUUGCACAGUAUACAAAGGGGAUGUGGCACACCUAGCCAAGAAGAAUAACAGCAGGACUCCAUGGGAUCCUGAGGCAGAAUGGAAAGCAGUCAUUAUCCUAGUGCCCAUGCGAUUGGGUGGAGAGACUUUUAAUCCUGCCUAUGUGGAGUGCAUCAAGGAGCUGUUGAAAUUAGAUUUCUGCAUUGGAAUUAUUGGAGGGAAACCAAAACACUCACUCUACUUUGUUGGAUAUCAAGAUGACUUCCUGUUAUACUUGGAUCCCCAUUACUGCCAGCCUUUUGUGGAUACUACUAAGGAGAAUUUUCCUGUAGAGACUUUCCACUGUAAUUACCCUCGAAAAACAUCAUUCACAAAGUUGGAUCCCAGCUGUACUAUUGGGUUCUAUGUACGUCACAGAAUGGAAUUUGAACAUCUCUGCUUGGACUUAACUCGGAUCCUAAACUAUGCAGCUACCAAAGAAAAAUAUCCCAUGUUCUCGGUUGUGGAGGGCUGCGCUCAAGAAUAUGGUUUGGAAGAGCUGUGUGCCCAUUUUGCCCAGCAAACUGUGCAAGUCCAACGGCAUAGUAAACGGGACAGGAUAAAGAAGCCCUCAGCUGAGGAAUUUGUCAUCUUAUGAUUGCUGGCUAGGCAGACCCACCACCUCAGACUUAUUUAUUAUUUAUAUAGAGAAUGUAGGCUUGAAAUAGACUUGCGUUUCUUAAGUCCAAAAAAGAAAUCUGGGACAAAGCAGUUGUCUCUGCUGCUCUGACCUGUAGUACCUCAGAAGUUCCUUAUGGCAGACACUGCAAAAAAAUUACCUUGGGGUCCCUAAACCCGUACGGGGACCUAUUCUCACUUCUAGGCUACUAACAUAAGGUCAUGACACUGGAAUAAACCUGCUGAAUAUAAAAAAAGGACAUUUAGUACUAAAAUGAUAGUCUUGACCUUUUUUUGAGUACAAAGGAAACAAUCAGAUGAGGAUCAUUAAGGAGACUAGCUUCAGAUUUGUCUUUCCUGGUGACACUGACAGCUGAAAACAAGAACUUUCUUUUCAUCAGUGUUAGACUUGUUUUAUAGGCCUUUAAAAAGAAGAUAAAAAGAAUAGUAAAGUCUCUCUUUAAGUUGCGUUUUCGUACAUAUGGAGGGAAGACCCUAUGUUAAUUCCAGUAAAGGCCGAGGAUUUCUUCAGCCAUUCAUUGAGCAACAGAAUUGGAGAAAACAGGCAUAAAACUGAAGGUCUAUUAAUGUCUUCUUUGGCUUGAAUAAACAAUAUUGUCAUAACAAAAAGAACUGAAGGGCUUGCUCUCCCAUGGAGGGAGAGAAAUAUUUCAAGUGGGAAUCAGGUAAAAUGUAUUUGGUAGACUCAGCCUCUCAGGGCCUUGCACAUUGGUUGGAUAUUCUGUUACAAAAGGCUAUUGGUCAUCAAUGUUUUACUUCAUGCCAGAUAUAUUUCAGUUUUCUCCACCUUCACCCAGUACUAUUUUCAGAGCUCUUUCUCUUCCUCAUGACAUUUUUCCACUUGCAAAUAGAUUAACAAUUUUGGCAGUUGGACAUUUUACAUGCCUUCUGUCUUUUAUAAGUAAUGGCUUUUCUUAAUUUAGGUGUGGGUGCAGGAACAGGAAGUCAGACUUGUCCUGUAACAUGCUGUUGGCACUUUACAAGUUUACUGCAAAGAGAUUCCUCCCUUCAAAGGCACACUCCCUCUUUUAGUCAAUAAAUGUUCUCUCUGAAAAUUUGCAUAUUUGUGUGUGCGUAUUUGGGAACUAAUGCUGUGUGCGUAUUUGGGAACUAAUGCUGUGGUCUUUUCUACAAUAAUUAAUUUGAGAUAGUUAUGCCAUUGAUUCAAGGUAUUCCAUAAAUACACGAGGAACCAGUUCUUUUCCUAUUCCAGAUCCUUCAGAAAUAUCCACAAAAGCAUUUUCUGCACCAGACUGCUUAUAGAAGAAAACAGGUUGUUAACCAUCAUUCUCACUAAAGGAUACUGUAGUUAACAAAUUGCAGCUAGAACCAAUCACUUGUAGAAUGGUGUUUUAUUGUUGAGUUGCUAAGUCAUACCUGAUCCACUGCAACUUUAUGAACUACAGCUCAUCAUGCCCUCGUCCUCCACUGUCUUCCAGAGUCUGCCCAAACCCAUGCACACCACAUCAAUGACAAUUUCAUCCUCUGCCAUCCUCUUCAAUCUUUAUCAACAUCAGAGUCUUUUCCAAUGAGUCCUCUCUUUGGUGGCCAGAAUAUUUGAACUUGAGCUUUAGUGUCAGGUCCCCAAAUCCUUAUUGUUUUCCCUGUAUAUGUAUUGUUUGGGGCCUGCCAUUCUGCUGGGGGGAGGAUUUGCUUUCUAUUUGCUUUUCUACUUUUCCUCUUCUGCCUCUAUCCACUUGAGAAAAGAAUGUGUCUCCCUUAUCAGGGAGAGUUACAGAGAAAUGAAACUGGAGACCUUGAGAUGUGCACCAACUGUGUCAGUUAUCCAGACAUCAUGCCACCUGUGGAUUGGCUGGAUUUCAAAUGGACACUAUGUCUUUGAUGGGAGGAGGAAGAUUGCUGUUUAAGCGGGAUUUUCUCCAGAUCUUGCCUUGACUUCCCUGUCACUAACCCCUAAUAAAAGUUCCUUUUGAGACAA